GCGUAGCUAACAGUCGGCAAUUUGCUUCGUCAGGUUCAGACACAGGCUCUCUCCUAGCUCCCCUCUCUUUAGACACAUUACGCAAUCAUGUUCGAGGCACGACUCCCCCAAGGCCGCAUCGUCAAGCUCAUUGUGGAGGCCAUGAAGGACCUCAUCUCGGAGGGCAACAUCGACUGCACCAAGUCAGGUCUGGCGCUGCAGUCCAUGGAUGGCUCGCACGUUUCCCUAGUGUCGCUUCUGCUGCGUGCCGAGGGCUUCGAGCACUACCGUUGCGACCGCAACAUCUCGCUGGGUGUACAGACGGCGUCGCUGUCCAAGAUCCUCAAGUGCUCGGGCAAUGACGACGCUCUGUCGCUUUCUGCCGAGGACAACGGCGAUGCGCUCAACAUCAUGUUCGAGGCCACUUCCGGCGAUCGUGUCUCGGACUUUUCGCUCAAGUUGAUGGACAUUGACAGUGAACACUUGGGUAUCCCAGGCACUGAGUAUGUUGCAACGGUCCGUAUGCCCGCUGGCGAGUUUCAGCGUAUCUGCCGCGACCUGCAGACGAUGGGUGACACGUGCACAAUUGCCGUUGGCAAGGAGGGCGUCAAAUUCUCGGUCUCGGGUGACCUUGGUGCCGGUAACAUCACGCUCAAGAACAACACGGCCGCCGAGAAGGAGAGCGACCGCGUCAUCAUCACCAUGGAGGAGCCUGUGGAGCUUACGUUCGCGCUCCGAUAUUUAAAUAUGUUCGCCAAGGCCACGCCUUUGUCCGAGACCGUGACGCUUAGCAUGUCGCCCGGCAUUCCCGUCGUCGUCGAGUACGCCAUUGGCGACAUGGGCUACAUGCGCUUCUACCUUGCCCCGAAGGUCGAGGAGGACGACUAAGCAUUAGGGAUGAAGGCUGGGGGGUUGAUCAUUUUAGACCCCGCCACAUUUGCUUUUUUGUUUUAGUGCAUAGAAAUCUGCUGGCAAGAUGCCAUAGUUGCCGCAGAAGAUUUGGCAUCAUAAGUCAAAUGGAAUACGAGAUUAUUUCCACAA